AUGCGAUAUAACGAUCAAAGUCCGUUGGAAAAUCACCAUUCAGCAGUGGCAUUCGAUUUGUUGAGUCAUGCAGAAGUUGAUCCUUUCGCUCAUCUUCCUUUCAGUGUUCGACAACGAAUUCGCAAAGGAAUGAUAAGAUGUAUAUUAGCCUUGAUAUCAUGUUAUAUUACAGAAUUACCGUUGAAUUACAUAAGAAGUAUUUUAAACAGUUAG